GGGGUUAAUUGUGUAUCAUUGUCUAAAAAUGAAACGGUUUUGACGAGUUACCAUCCCUGUGAUUUGGCAUUCAUACAUUUUGAGCGAAUCAAUGCAAGUAAGUGGAUUGGAAACUUGAACUUUGGGCUAUACCCUAACUUAAAAGAGGUAUUUUAAAGAUAUAUUUUGAAAAGAAGUUACUAUUACUCCGAUUUUUAACAAUCUCAGUAUAUCACUGAAGUCUAAUAAAAAAACCUUAGAGUUACACUCUAAGCCUCCAAUACCGAAGUUGUAUACAUUUAACGUGUUCAUAAGUUCUAAAAAUGCAAGCAAUGUACCACAAGUUCACAACUUGACAUUGAAUAAUGAAAUUCUUUGUAGCAGUAUGAAGAGGAAUAAAUCUUUACAAUCCUUGAAUACUACCAAAAUAAACGACAAUGGGAACGCAUAUUCUUGUGGAAGAAGGUCUAUCAAACAUGCAGAAAUAGUUUCCUUAAGAACUGAAGCAAAGGCUGGUGACUGGCCCUGGCAUGUGGCUGUUUUUGUCAAACUAAAUGGCACUGCUUUUUACCAAUGUGGCGGUAGUAUUGUGUCUACAAAUGCUAUAUUAACAGCUGCUCACUGUAUUGCCCCUGGUAUUCCACCUAAGGAUUACCUCGUUGUGGCUGGCAUCAGUAAAGUUAACAAAACAGGCAACGAGUAUUAUACUAUGCAGAAUCUAACUGUUCAGGAUAUAAUAGUUCAUAAAAAAUACAGGCCUAUGCAGUCUACAGCGGAUCUUGCUAUCCUAAAGGUGAACAACAUACAAUUCACGGACUAUGUACGACCUGUGUGCAUUUGGGCUUCUAGUACUAAUAAGUCUGAACUGUUUGGGAAAGAAGCUACGAUCGUUGGAUUUGGCAAGAAUGAACGUAACGUACCCAACAGUGAUCUAAGAGCGAUUAAAAUUACGGUGCAGAGAGAUACAACGUGCUCACGCCUCUCAGAGUUUUUGAACAAUUACACUUUUUGCGCUGGAAAUGGACCUAAUACAAUCACCAAUGUAAGUAGCGGUGACAGUGGAGGAGGUUUGGUAGUGCGAACUUCCCAGCCUGACCACGGUAUCACCUGGUUCAUUCGGGGAGUCCUAUCUAAAUGUGGGAAACUGUCUACUUUGAAUAUGUGUGAUCUAAAAGAGUAUGUUGUAUUCACCGAUGUUGCAGCACAUUAUGAUUGGAUAUAUCAAAAUUCGGGUUUAGCAAAUAUAAACAAUACAACUGCCUAAGGUUUUGUAUGAUUUGUGAUGGGUUUAAAUUUGAUAUUUUACAAACUUUUAGGCUUUAUCCACUUUCCCAGCGCUCUACGGGCUCU